AUGGCUAGCGCUGUGCGGCGAGUGCAUGUGUUUUAUCACUACCCGUGCCCGGACGGGGUCUUUGCUGCGCUGGCCGCGCAUUGCUUCUACUCGCGGCCGGGCGCGACCGCCGAGAUCUUCUGCGAGCCGGACACGCCGCCUGAGCACGACGGCGAGGGGUUCGGGAAGGACGACGCGGCGGUGUUUGUCGACUACACGGCCAAUGAAGCGUUUCUGGGAAAGAUGGCGGAGACUGUGGGCGAGGUGCUGAUCAUGGACCAUCACAAGAGUGCAGCCGAGUGGCUGGCCAAGGCCGCGCUGCCGGACAAUGUCGAGGUGGUGAUGGACAUGGAGCGGUCUGCGGCGACGAUUGCCCGCGAUGUGUACGCCGGAAAGGCUGGCUCGCGCGAGGCGCUGUUUGGUCACGCGCUGCCUGCGGGCGCGAGCCUGGCGAGCCUGGAUCUGAUGUUCCAGUUUGUGGAGGACGGCGACCUGUGGCGGUGGGCGCUCGACGGCUCGCGGCGGUUCUCGGCCGGCUUUCACGAUCUCGAGCUGGAGUUGUCGGGGGCGGCGAACCCGGGCGUGUUUGACACGCUGCUCGGCCUCGAUGUGGCUGCUGUGAUGGCGCGCGGCGAUGAGGCAGAGGCGCGCAAGGCUGCCGAGGUGGCGCGGGCGGUAAGCGAGGACGCGUUUGUGCUUUGCAUGCCCAAGGCGCCGUGGGCUGACGGAGUGCUUGCCGUCGUCACAGCCACGCCUGGCUACCGGUCGGACCUCGGCAACGCGCUGUCGACCGCCGGCGCAGCGGCCGGGCGGCCAGCCGUCGGUGUUGUCGCCUACCACGAGGAUCUCCUCGGCGCCGACAAGAUCAAGGUCUCGCUCCGGUCGCAGGGCGAGUACACCAUCGACGCCCUUGCAUCUGCGUACGGCGGGGGCGGCCAUGCCCACGCCGGCUCAUUUGUCAUCGACCUCGCCGAGUUUGAGUCUUGGCGCGAAGAAUCGUGA